UCUCCCGCACAUGUUUAUUUCAAAUUCGAACAAACCGAGAACAUAUACACACAAUACUCGUCAGUCGAAGUCGGAAAUCCAUCAAGUACAGAACUAUGCAUAGUCCCCGUCUGUGGAAUAUAAAGCGGGCAUCCGUCCUACUCAGCGCCGCCCUGCUGCUCUACGUUUUUGUUUUCUCCAGCGGCUAUCAGAAGUACCAGAUCGAGGGCAUUAUCAAACGGAGCCAACCGGAAAAGGUCUGGGAGUAUGUGGCGGAUUUCAACAAGAUGCGACUGCUGAAUCCCACUAUUAUAAAUUUCAAGAUCCUAGCUGAUCACGGACACGCCCACGACUGGCGCUACACGGUGGAGUAUACAGAAAAACUAUCCCAUUGGCCUUACUGGAUAAAUAAGGCAACGGCCAAAUACGUGGUCACUAAGUCAUUGCCUGGGGCAAAUCCGGUGGCCUAUGCCAUUAAGUCCACACAUGAAACCUGCUUCUUUGGAGGAUUUUACUGCUUACAAUCCCUUAGCGAGUUCGUUUUUAGGAACUCAAACGGCGAUACCUUUGCCCAGGAGAACAUACAGUACCAGUGCCCUCCUCUUUUGGGCGGCAUGUGCCGGCGGGAACUGGAGUUCCAGCGCCAGGCGGUGAUGCACAACUUGACAAUUAUCUUCGCAAAGCAGAGAGGAUAAAAUUUGAGAAUGACAUUAAGCAAUAUGUGCAAAAAUAAAUUUACAGAACAUUAAAUGAGAUUCUAAGCAAGUAAA